CGCAGCCUGGUUUCAUUUUCAAGUUUCUCGUGACGUACGUCCGUGGAAAGUACACACACAGCAGCGACGCGGUGCUGCAGAGACCUGGAAACAACAAGGCUCCUCACGUCCGCGUUUCCACUGAAAACGGCUCAUGUCAGUCUCUUAGGAACCCGAGCUUACAUGGCAGCCAUGGAAAAGCCUCCGUUCAGGCAGAACGUAAACUGCGGGGACUGGGAGAUGAAGGAGAGGCUGGGGAUGGGGGGGUUUGCCCAUGUUUACCUGUACCAACAUCGUGAAACAAACGAGAAGCUGGCGGUGAAAAUGUGCCGUUUGGAGCUCACACCAAGAAAUAGAGACAGAUGGAGCAGAGAAAUCCAGAUCAUGAAGAAGCUGAAUCACAUCAAUGUGGUGACAGCUCAGGAUGUUCCAGAGGAGAUUGAGAUCAUCGCCUUCCAUGAUCUUCCACUGCUGGCCAUGGAGUACUGCUCCAAAGGAGACCUGAGGAAGGUUUUAAGUAAGCCUGAAAACUGCUGCGGUCUGAAAGAAAGUGAGGUGCUUUCUUUACUCAGUGAUGUGGGGUCUGGUAUUCAGUAUCUUCACGAGAACAAAAUCAUACACCGAGACCUUAAACCGGAAAACAUCGUCCUGCAAGAGAUCAAUGGAAAGCUCGUUCACAAAAUCAUCGACCUGGGCUAUGCCAAAGACCUGGACCAGGGCAGCCUCUGCACCUCCUUUGUCGGCACACUGCAGUAUCUGGCGCCUGAGCUGUUCGAGAACAAGCCGUACACCGUCACCGUGGACUACUGGAGCUUCGGCACCAUGAUCUUUGAGUGCAGCUGUGGUUUCAGGCCCUUUCUGCAUAACCUGCAACCUGUACAAUGGGCCAGCAAGGUGAAGAAUAAAGGUCCAAAGGACAUCAUGGCUGUAGAGGACCUGAACGGUGAAGUCAAGUUCUCCACUCGCCUCCCCUACCCCAACAACCUCAGCAGGACUCUGCUGGAGCCCAUGGAGACUCUGCUUCAGCUGAUGUUAAAGUGGGAUCCAGUCCAGAGGGGGGGCAAAGUCAACUCUGACACCAAGAAGCCGAUGUGCUUUGAAGUGCUUGAGCAGAUCCUCAGCAUGAAGGUGGUCCACAUUCUGAACAUGACCACCGCUAAGGUCCACUCUUUCCAGCUCACUCCAGACGAGAGUCUCCACAGUCUGCAGAAGAGAAUCGAAGGAGAGACCAAGAUCGAGGUGGUCAACCAGGAGCUUCUGCACGAGACGGGCGUGUCUCUGGAUCCCAGGAAACCUGCCGCACAGUGCGCCUUAGACGGAGUGAGAGGAUGGGAUAGCUACGUCGUGUAUUUAUUUGAUAAAAGCCUCACCAAGUAUUCUGGCCCCUUCACUGCCAGAUGGCUGCCUGAGAAGGUCAACACUAUAGUUCAAGAUCCCAAAACACAGCUGCCUCUGGUGGUGCUGAAGAAGGUGUGGGGGGAAGCGGUGAGCUACAUCUGCGGCCUGAAGGAUGAUUACUGCAGACUCUUCCAAGGACAGAGAGCUGCCAUGUUGAGCCUCCUGCGCUACAACACCAACCUGACCCGCUGUAAGAACAGCAUGUUCGGCUUCUCCCAGCAGCUCAAAGCCAAGCUGGACUUCUUCAAGAGCAGCAUUCAGUACGACCUGGAGAAGUACAGCGACCAGAUGCACUAUGGAAUCUCCUCAGAAAAGAUGCUGAAAGCCUGGCAGGAGAACGAGGAGCGAGCGGCUGCUUUUGCACAGGUGGCAGAGGUGAGUCAUUUGGACGAUGAGAUCAUGGCUCUGCACUCAGAGAUCGUGGAGCUUCAGAGGAGUCCGUACGCUCGACGCCAAGGAGACAAGAUGGAGCAGCUAGAAGAAAAAGCGAUUGAUCUCUACAGACAGCUAAAGUUGAAAUGCAAAAUACCGGACUCGGAUGUGAGAAGUGACAGCUCAGAGAUGGUGAAGGCCAUCAUCCAGACGGUCCAGAACCAGGACAAGGUCCUGAAGGAUCUCUACACCCACCUCAGUAAAAUCCUGAUUAGCAAACAGAAGAUCAUUGACUUGUUCCCACGCAUUGAGAAAACCUUGGAGAACAUAAAGGAUGCCGACAACACGGUGAUGCAGAUGCAGAUCAAGAGACAGAGGGAGUUCUGGCAUCUAGUCAAGAUCGCCUGUGCCCAGAACUCGUCACGGAACUCCAUCGCCGUCAGUCCGGAGUCGUCUAACCUGCUGCAGGUCUCUCAGUGGUCGCAGUCGGCCCAGCCGGUCAGCUCCCCCCAUCCGCUCGUCUCCCUGCCCGGUCCAAACGACAGUGACGCUGCCCCCCGCCUGCUGCAGGAGAACCAGAAGUACCUCAGUCAGCUGACCAGCUUGAUGCAGGAGGCUGCUGACGACCAGGCCAAAAGUAUAGUGGACCAAGAUUGGAGCUGGACGAAAUACGAAUCUUUAUCUACAAAGUUAAAAAAGCGAAAUGCAUAAAGGCCCUUUUGCCCCCGAACUCCCACUAACACUAAGCAGUGUAAAGUGUCUCUGCAGCUGAGGGGGGUGUUGUUCAUGGACCUGGAAUAUCCUGUAAAACUGAUCCUCUUUUGAGGACAAAGAGACGACGGUUGCCGAUGUUCGCCCUCUCAUCUUCACACAGAGGAAGAGCGAGGGAUCAACGAUCCUGUUUUGAUACCAGAAACUCACCAGCCUUCCUGCUUUCUUUUGAUUUGCUGCUCAGUUUUUCUUCAUAAAUCCAAACUUUCAUGGUGAAAACUGUCGGGAUCAUCCAGCACAAACGUGGGAACCGGUUCCACUUUGACACCACAACAGGAAACAGGAAGUGAUCUGGAGGUCAGAGGUGGACUAAAGAGUUGGGGGUGGGGGGGUAAUAAUCAAGCAAACUGCACUUUGAAACUCCCAUGUAGCUUCUUCGUGAAGAGAACGGUUGAUUUUACAGAAAAGCGAUUAAAUUGAUGUUUUCCUACAAACAUUUGGUUGUUAAAAUGUCUGUAAAUGUAUUGGGGCUUUUAAUUUGAAAGUGUUCUAUAUAACAGGUGGCUGAUAUAUGGCCAUGUUUGUACAGUGUUCAUACUGUCUGUAUAUUUUAAUUAUCGCCAUGGUUACGCACAGUUUGUUUCAGUGGAUCUUUUAGAAAGAAUCCAAACGAGGAAAGCUGUUCAAUUAAAGUGUUUUUACCCAAAUAAACUUUUUUUUUUUUCAUUUUCAGCAGAAUGAUAAUCCGACCUCAGUUUGAAUAAAUGUGUGUAAAUUUGUGUGUUUUCUUUAACACCUUUCAGUUUAGGAUUUUAGCUGGAACAUCAAAUCAGAGGCUCAAUCUCAAUCCUGUCGCACAAAUGUUCUAGUGAUGGAUGACAGAAAAAAAAAACUGGAGCUGAAGUUUAAUGGAUGCUCAGUUUUCAUCAUUUUCAAUCUGAAAGUCUUCACUCUUAAGCAGCUGGAGUUUGAUUUACUUUAAGUGAAAAUCUGCUGCAGUGAAUAUCAAAGUGGAAGAAAUGCCCCGGUGUGAUCAAAUAAACGAGGGGGAAUGUAGUUCUGGAGCAUGUUCAGAUGUAUUUAGGAAAUGAAAGUGCAAUGACAUCUUUUUAUUUGUCAUUUUGUUUCCUUUACAUUUGAGUUUCGUUGUCUCUGAAUGUUGAGUUUUUCUGUUGUAUGAAGAUCAGAUGUUUACCUGAUAAUAAACUCGGUGACCUCGGAUA